AGCAUUUAGCAUUUAGCAUGAUUGUGUUGAACUCAGACUCUUCGCUCCCAAAGUGACAUUCAGAAUAAAAGAGAGGCUUUUAUUUUGAAAAGCAGGUGAAAUGUAAAAGAGCAGGUCUGACCAGCACACAAGCGACGUGUACACCAGAAGCGACGUACACACCAGAAGACGGUCACUGACAAACACCUGAGUCAGGAUGCAGACGAGCUACAACAAGGUGUUCGCUAGCGAUGAGGCAGCGGCGUCCAGGAAGCAGCGCUACGUGCGCAAGGAAGGAAACUGCGAGGUGGUUUUCCGCCACGUGCCGGCCGAGUGGCUCCUGUUCGUGACGGACAUCUUCACCACGCUGGUGGAGAUCCGCUGGAGGGUGAUGUUCCUCAUCUUCGCCCUGUCCUACAUCUUGUCCUGGCUCUUCUUCGGGAUCCUCUUCUGGGUCAUCGCUCUGGCUCACGGGGACACGCAGGACCCCAAGACGGCGCCGUGCGUCUACGAGGUGCGCAGCUUCACCGCCGCCUUCCUCUUCUCGCUGGAGACGCAGACCACCAUCGGCUACGGCGCCAGGGGGAUGUCGGAGAACUGCACGGCGGCCAUCUUGGUGGUCACCGUUCAGGACGUGGUCAGCUGCCUGAUCGACACCUUCGUCAUCGGGGUGGCCGUGUCCAAGAUGGCGUCCGCCAGGAAGCGAGCGCAGACGGUGGGCUUCAGCAGCUGCGCCGUCAUCAACCUCCGCGACGGCCACCUGUGUCUCUCCUGGAGGGUGGGCGACUUCCGCCGCCACCACCUGGUGGAGGGCACGGCACGCGCUCAGAUCGUGCGCUCCGCCGUGCACGCCACCGGCAAGGUGGACAUGACCUACGAGGACCUUCGCCUCCAGCAGCCGGACAUCGUCCUGGUCACGCCCACCACCGUCUGCCACCGCAUCGCCGCCAGGAGCCCGCUCUACGGGAUGAGUCCGGCCCGGCUGCGGCGCUCCGACUUGGAGGUGGUGGUGUCCUUCACCUACACCGACGACAGCACGGGAACGCUGCACCAGAGCCGCACCUCCUACACGCCGCACGACAUCCUCUGGGGACACGUCUUCCAGGAGAUGAUCCGCGCCGGCAGGAGGCGCUACACCGUGGACUACGUCCUCUUCCACCAGACCGCCAAGGUGCUGAUGCCCGAGCUCAGCGCCCAGGCCUUCGAGCUCAAGAAGCGCUCGCCGCGGCCGGGCUCGACUCCCGAGUCACGUCGCCCCGGCAACUUGCUCCACCCGCCCGUGGUGACGGUGCGGUCGGCGAAGGAAGACCGCCGAGCGGAGACCAUCUCACGCCCUCACGUGCUACCACCAUCUGACAUGCUAACGCCGCCUGUUGCGCUAAUGCCCCCUGACAUGCUAAUGCCACCUGUUGGCCUAACACCAUCUCACAUGCUAACGCCGCCAGUCGCGCUCAUGUCACCUGACAUGCUAACAUCGCCUGUUGCGCUAAUGCCACCUGAUGCCACACGCAGAGAAAUGUGACGCCUCACUUAGCCAACAUCAGCACCUGACAUGCUAGCACCACCUGUUGCGCUAACACCAUCUGACAUGCUAAUAUCACCUGUUGCGCUCACACUAUCUGACAUGCUAACGCCCACUGUUGCGCUAACGCCAUCUGACAUGCCUGUUGCAUUAUCGCCACAUGACAUGCUAACACCACCUGUUGCGCUGACAUGCCAACACCGCCUGUUGCACUAACGUUAUCUGACACGCUAAUGCCGCUUGUUGUGCUAACACUAUCUGACAUGCUAAUAUCACCUGUUGCGCUAACACCAUCUGACAUGCUAACGCCGCCUGUUACACUAACGACACAUGACAUGCUAACGCCGCCUGUUGCACUAACGUUAUCUGACACACUAACGCCGCUUGUUGUGCUAACGCUAUCUGGCAUGCUAAUAUCACCUGUUGCGCUAACACCAUCUGACAUGCUAAUGCCGCCUGUUACACUAACACCAUCUGACAUGCUAAUAUCACCUGUUGCGCUCACACUAUCUGACAUGCUAACGCCCACUGUUGCGCUAACGCCACCUGACAUGCCUGUUGCAUUAUCGCCACAUGACAUGCUAACACCACCUGUUGCGCUGACAUGCCAACGCCGCCUGUUGCACUAACGUUAUCUGACACGCUAACGCCGCUUGUUGUGCUAACGCUAUCUGGCAUGCUAAUAUCACCUGUUGCGCUAACACCAUCUGACAUGCUAACGCCGCCUGUUACACUAACCACACAUGACAUGCUGAAAUCACUUGUUGCACGAAUGCUAUCUGACACGCUUACGCUGCCUAUUGUGCUAAUGCCAUCAGGCAUGCUACUAUCACCUGUUGCACUAAUGCCACAUGAUAUGCUAACACAAUUUGUUGGGCUAACGCCAUCGGACAUGCUAACGCUGCCUGUUGCGCUAAUGCCACCUGAUUGGACACAAAGCUAUAUAGCCAGGAUGGAAGUGUAACAUUAGCAUUAGCCACUUAGCACGAAUGAAGAGUUGUCACAUUGUUUUGGUGUUGUGGACACCACUGAUCCAGGUCAAAGGUCAACAUGCUGAUGAUGAAGAGUGUGAGUCCAGCGUGUUGACAGCAAACAUAAGAUGAUGUAAGAUAAGUAGGACAGGAAGUGUGUUAGCAGUCAAUAAAGUCACAAUGUUGAUAGCAAAACAUGAAAUGGCUGCAGGGUUUCACAAUAAAAGCAUGAAGGCUGA